AUGCCUUCAGCACGGCUCUCCUCACAGGCCGCAACGGCAUCCGCAUCCGCUUCCGCACCCUCGACCGAAGCAGGCCCAUCCACCAUCCCCGCUACAUCCUCAUCAUCCAAGACAGCCACCGCUGCCAUCGCCGCCGACAAGAAGGAAGAAGCUUCCACAGACGCGCAUCUGGAGCUGCUCACCGAGCACUUUGGCUACAACCCCAAGUCAUUCAUCGACGCGCUCGUGUACCUCUCCAACGAGCACCUGUACAGCAUCGCGACCGAGUUCGAAAACGUCGUGGGCGGCCUGCUCGACAGCGUCGACGGUGGUGAGCUCGAGGCGGAGCAAGGAAUCCAUGCGAUCCUCACGCUCAUGGAGAACGCGCUGGACCACACCAUGGACACGUUCGAGCUGUACUGCUUCCGCUCCGUCUUCGGUAUCCGGCCGAGGCAGGCCAAGUACAUGACGCUCGACCACCACCGGGGGCUCGAUCUGCGGCCACAGCAACCGACUGCAGAGUACAAGGCCAGACCGAAGGGAGGGAGGAAAAGUGCGGUGGCAUCAACGAAUAGCGCAAGUGAGCGCAGCUACAAGCUCGGCGAAACAGAGGACUCGCUCAAACGCCAGAUCGCCGCCGCGAGAGCGACGCAGCACAAGCUGCUUCUUGCGCAAGCGGCUUCGGAACAGACGCUCUCACGAAUGCUGUCGCUAUCGGAGCGAUUCUCGUCGAUCCUCGCACGCACCGAUUCGGCGCCGGUGCUGAGCGAGACGCUCGGGCAGUAUGCGCGGAAGCUACGUGCGGAUACUGCGCCGCUUUUGCGAUCGGUGGGCGAGUUGCGUGCUGCCGAUCCGCUGGGUGCACCUCUGCACUCGCCCAGCGCUGUCGAGGCGGACGACGACGAAGGGGCGGCAGCGGACGUGCGUGCGUGGCAGCGCGGCAGAGAAGGAUACCUCAACUGGGAGGCGGACAGAAUCAUCGCCAAGUCGAAGCGCAAGGAUGCACCACCAUCGGCGACGACAGCAGUGGUGGGGGAGAAGGAGCAGGAUGAGAAGACGCCUAAGAAGAAGAGGAUCGCGACUGCCACGCCCGCGUCCAAACGCAGGACACCAGCAUCCACACGCCGCGCCUAG